AGACGCGCGAUAGCUGUCUUUGUAUAUUACUGUUCAAAUUCUGUGUUACCCGAAAAAAUAGAAAAUGAACGGAGAUUUGAUGCAGAUGACAGAUGCUCUUUCUAACGCUACGUUAGCAGGGGCAAGAGAACACACACUCGCUGUUACCAGAGACUACAUUUCUCAACCAAGGCUAACUUAUCAAACGGUGUCUGGAGUCAACGGACCACUGGUAAUUCUUGACAAAGUAAAGUUUGCAAAAUAUGCGGAAAUUGUGACGUUAAACUUGGCUGAUGGAACCCAGAGAAGUGGGCAGGUUCUUGAAGUCAGUGGUGAAAAAGCUAUUGUACAGGUAUUUGAAGGUACGUCUGGUAUUGAUGCAAAGUACACAACAUGUGAAUUUACUGGAGAUAUUUUAAGAAUUCCAACUUCAGAAGAUAUGUUAGGUCGGAUUUUCAAUGGUUCUGGGAAACCUAUCGAUAAAGGACCUUCUGUUCUUCCUGAGGAUUAUUUGGACAUCCAGGGUCAACCCAUCAACCCUGAGUCAAGGAUUUAUCCCGAAGAAAUGAUUCAAACAGGGAUUUCAGCCAUUGAUGUUAUGAACAGUAUUGCUCGUGGCCAGAAGAUUCCCAUUUUCUCGGCCAAUGGUUUACCACAUAAUGAGAUUGCUGCACAGAUAUGUAGGCAAGGUGGUUUGGUUAAGAUGCCGGACAAGAGUGUUCUUGAUGGACACGAUGACAACUUUGCCAUUGUGUUUGCUGCCAUGGGUGUGAACAUGGAAGCUGCCAGAUUUUUCAAGUCAGAUUUUGAGCAGCACGGUUCCAUGGACAAUGUUUGUUUGUUCUUGAAUCUUGCUAACGACCCAACUAUUGAGAGAAUCAUCACACCACGUAUUGCGCUCACAACGGCUGAGUUCCUCGCUUACCAAUGCGAGAAACAUGUCCUUGUUAUUCUCACUGACAUGAGCUCAUAUGCUGAAGCCUUGAGAGAGGUGUCUGCUGCAAGAGAGGAGGUACCAGGUAGACGUGGUUUUCCAGGUUACAUGUACACCGAUCUUGCUACAAUAUACGAGCGUGCUGGUCGUGUAAGCGGAAGAAAUGGUUCAAUCACUCAAAUUCCUAUCCUUACUAUGCCUAAUGAUGAUAUCACUCAUCCUAUUCCUGAUUUGACCGGAUAUAUCACUGAAGGCCAAAUCUACAUCGACCGGCAGUUGCACAACAGGCAGAUCUAUCCACCAAUCAACGUGUUACCUUCGUUAUCCCGUCUUAUGAAGUCAGCUAUUGGCGAGGGAAUGACAAGAAAAGAUCAUUCUGAUGUAUCAAACCAACUCUACGCCAACUACGCCAUUGGUAAAGAUGUCCAAGCAAUGAAAGCUGUUGUUGGAGAGGAAGCUCUUACACAAGAUGACAUGUUGUACCUUGAGUUUCUUACUAAGUUUGAGAAGAGUUUCAUUGCUCAAGGUUCGUACGAAAACCGCACCGUGUUCGAUUCCUUGGACAUCGGUUGGGAGUUGCUUCGUAUUUUCCCCAAGGAAAUGCUCAAACGUAUUCCACGCAACGUCAUCAACGAAUAUUACCCUAGAAAAAAGCCCGCAGUCCCAACCAAGUGAUUUUACUUACCAAAACUGAAAACCUGUUAAAACGCCGUUACUGGUGCACAAGUCUAAUAGUUUGGGAUCGGUACCUUUUCACUUGAUUGGUUAAUUGUAUGUAUUUAUGAAUCAUUUUAUUCUGUCGUAUAAGCAAUGCGACUCGUAGUUUAUCGAGCGUGUGCCAUUUACAUCCGUAUAUAAAGGACACGUUCCAUCGUUUUCAUAUUGUGAACUGAGAAUUGUGUGAAAGUUGGUUUAUGUAUCUGUGCAAUAAAUAAAUCGCUUAUGCGAA